AGCCCUGCAGUUGUGCUGGAGGAGACCCAUGUGGAGGGGCUGGUACAUUUUGUCCCAGUAGGACCACUUGUCCAGCAUGUGAGCUGAUGUCUAAACAUAGGAGUCAAACACUUAGCCUGGAGCAACUGAUGCCUAUAUUUUUCCUGGUCAGAGCUGCAUGUCCAGGGAAGGACAUGGCGCAUCUGGGCUGCAGGACACGCAUGAGCCCUUCUGCCCUAAUCAUCCAUCACUGUAGAAGACAGGACAGUAGGUGGGAUGAACCUUCAGUGGGUCAUCUUGACUGUUUUCCUAUUUCUUCACUGUGGAGAAACUUCUAUAAAUCUAGUUUAUCCUUUCUGAGCUGGAGAUGAAGGACCUCACUUCUCAGGAGCUUUGCCCAGUGCUUCCCAUUUCAUCCAUGCUCAGCCAGGGUGGAGGCUGCUCUUCCUGCUCCUUCAGCCCCUAAGCAAGAGUGCCUGUACAUCUGAGUUACAAUGGGCAAGAUGGACACCACCUCUGUCGAGCUGAGCUCUCCGUCCAAGGUGAAGCAGGCAGCCCUGGAGGAGUCAGAUCCCAGUGCCUCCAAGGCCGUGAGCACCGAAAAGAAGGAGAUCCCAGACAGAGGCUCCUGGAAGGGGAGAUUUGACUUCUUGCUGUCCUGCGUGGGCUAUGCUAUUGGGCUAGGCAACGUCUGGCGCUUCCCGUAUCUCUGCGGCAAGAAUGGAGGAGGGGCUUUCCUCAUUCCCUAUUUCCUGACACUGGUGUUUGCUGGGAUUCCUCUCUUCCUGCUGGAAACUGCCCUGGGACAGUACACCUCUGUUGGCGGACUGGGAGUCUGGAAAUUAGCACCUAUGUUUAAAGGAGUGGGGCUGGCAGCUGUAGUUCUCUCCUUCUGGCUGAACAUCUACUACAUUGUCAUCAUUGCCUGGGCUCUCUACUAUCUCUUCAACUCUUUCACCGCAGACCUGCCAUGGCAGAGCUGUGGGAAUGCCUGGAACACCAACCGCUGCUUCUCCAACUUCUCCCUGACCGACACCACCAACCUCACCAGUGCCGUCACCGAGUUCUGGGAGAGGAACAUGCACCAGAUGUCCGAGGGCCUGGGGGAGCCCGGCACCAUCCGCUGGCCCCUGGCUGGCACACUGGCCCUGGCCUGGCUCCUGGUCUACUUCUCCAUCUGGAAGGGUGUGGAGUGGACGGGCAAGGUGGUGUAUUUCUCAGCCACCUACCCCUACUUCAUGCUUUUCAUCCUCUUCUUCCGGGGAGUCACGCUGCCGGGAGCCAAGGAGGGGAUCCUCUUCUACCUCACGCCCGACUUCAGGAAGCUCUCCAACUCUGAGGUCUGGAUGGAUGCAGCCACACAGAUCUUCUUCUCUUAUGGCCUGGGGCUGGGGUCUCUGAUUGCUCUGGGAAGCUACAACACUUUCCACAACAAUGUCUACAGAGACUCUAUUAUUGUCUGCUGUAUAAACUCCACCACAAGCAUAUUUGCUGGAUUUGUUAUUUUCUCUAUUGUUGGCUUCAUGUCACACAUCACAAAGAAGUCAAUCUCAGAGCUGGCCUCCUCAGGCCCUGGACUGGCUUUCCUUGCCUACCCCCAGGCUGUUGCACAGCUGCCCCUGUCCCCGCUCUGGUCGAUCCUCUUCUUCUCUAUGCUGAUGAUGCUGGGUCUGGAUAGUCAGUUCUGCACCGUGGAAGGGUUCAUUACAGCUCUGAUAGAUGAGUAUCCUCAUCUCCUGAGAGCCAGGAAGAAGGUCUUCAUCGCUGUAGUCUGCCUCAUCUCUUAUCUCAUUGGAUUCUCCAACAUCACCCAGGGUGGCAUUUAUGUCUUCAAGCUGUUUGAUUACUACUCAGCCAGUGGCAUGUGUCUUCUCUUUCUUAUCUUCUUUGAGACCAUCUCAAUUUCUUGGUGUUACGGUGUGAACAGAUUUUACAACAAUAUUGAGGAAAUGAUUGGCUACAAACCAUGCAUCUGGUGGAAGAUCUGCUGGGCCUUCUUCACUCCUCUUGUCUGCCUGGGUGUGUUCUUCUUCAGUGUGGUGGAAAUGACCCCUCUGACCCUGGGAAAAUACAUCUAUCCUGUGUGGGGGCAAGGCAUUGGUUGGCUUAUGGCUCUGUCCUCCAUGGUACUGAUUCCAGGAUACAUGCUGUACUGUCUCUUCACCUCAACGGGGACUUUCUGGCAGCGUUUGCAGCAGAUGACACAGCCCAAGACAGACGGGCAGGCUCAGAACAACGGCCUUCGACCAAAGAUGUCCUUUAAUGGGAGAGUCUCGGAUGCCGCCGUCUAGGAGGAGAGCCUGGACCUCCUUGCCCUGCCCUGUAGCUGCUCAUGCCACGUUGUCCCUUGAACUCCUCCAGCACAGCUUACUGUCCCUGGCUCUGUGGUGGCUUUCGCUUGUCAGAGAGAGGGACCCGGCAGAGGAACCCUCAUGCAUCUCUUCCUCCCAGCCCAGCUUAUCAAGGCACUGCACGAGCUGCUGCCAGGGCAUUGUGCAGUGAACAUCCUCAUCCUGCAACAUUCUGGUCCAGGCUCUCAGGGAGGAGCUGCUGAGGCCCAGGUCUUCCUCCCCCUGAUGAGAGGAUGCUGAUCCUUAGACUGAUCACCCGUGGUACCUGUGCACACACAGUGUGACUCAUUGCAAAUUAGUUUCUCCCCUCCCCUGGAAACCUGACAGCUUCGCCAGGUCUGCUGGCCUGCCUUCCUGCUGGCUCACACUCCCAGGCUCAGCUCAGAGUCAAUGAAUUCAUAAAUGAGUGUCUGAGGAAAGGUAUGUCCUGCUCAUGCUGUGGGGCUGUGACAUGAUGCAGGUUGGCCCCAUGCUGCCCAUCCCUGGGACCAGCUGGCACAUGGGUCCAACCUGCUCUUCUGCCGGUCUCCCACCCUGAGGAUUGGUAGCAUAAAGAGGAAAGAAGUCAUAUGGUGAUUAUAGAUGAAUUUGCUCACCUUUGGGGUAGGGUCCCCUGCCAGCUCACCAGUUCGUCUCGAUUGACAUUGCUUUAAAUGUGUUUGUACAUGAUGUAUGUGCUGUGUCCUGGCUCUUAGUGGUUGUUACUGCCAGGCCUUGAGUGCAUGUUUUGCUGUCUCCAGCACCAUGAGCUGAGAUCACGCCCUGUCCUGCAUCUAAUCAUUAGGGUGUUUACGUCAAAAAAAUCACAGCUGUUAAAUGGACGUGAGGAAAUGUGGAAUUUACAGGCUUGAUCUUGUAAAGCCGAAAGCCAAACACUGAAAGCUGCAAUCAUAGUUCAUCACAAUUAAUCUCAGCCGGUCACAGACAUGUCAUCUUUACUUGUCCUGUAAUUGCAAGCACUAGUGUAGCUGAAAUUUUCUAUUUCACUUUCACCUAUUUUUAUAAAACAUGGGAUAAAGGAAACCACUCCUUAUAUAUAUGUCCUUUAAGAGGGACAUCUGUGUUGAAAACAGGUAUUAACCUCUGAUCUUUGCAGUAAUGACCUUUACUAGAAACCUGCUUUUGCCUCUGCAUCCAGGUCACAUAACCACUCUCCCCUUAAAUUCAGACUAAGAGUUGCAUAGGUGGGUGAUGGGCAAAGGAGUCAAUUCUUGAACGAAGCCUGAAAACCAUUGAAGACCCCAAUUUUUCCAACUUUAUUGGGGCAGCUCAGGUCUGAGGUAGAACAAAUCAGUGGUAAUUUUUUAAACUCUUGGCUAAAGAGCUCUGUUGCAGAGAGAGCUGUUCAAAGGGCUUUACUGUCCAGGUUUGUCCUCCAGGGAAGUGGAGAAGGAAGGGUGCAGAAAACAAAGUCCCUUCCCUGGUGGCUCAGGAAAUCCCUAAAUCUCCAGUUACUUUUUUUUGCUGGGGUUUUACUCCCAUCCUCACUCUGACUUGUUGGCCUUACGUGUGGCCCAUGCAGAAUAUCACUCUAGGUGUAGUAGCAGGGGCUACCCCAUGCAUGGGCUGCUCAUAAUAACAUUUGAUGAGAGUUAACCAUUUGCUUAGUUUUCUGCCUGUGAACUUCUCCUUUGCUUUCCCUUCUGCCCUGCUUCUUUUUGUUCAUUUACCUCACUGCUUCCCCAGUAUCAUCCAUCCAGUGUAAAUUAUCUACCUCAGCUUGCUUCUUCCUGCUUUUUUGCUUCCACUACUGUCAAAUUACAGUUCUCCCUCUCUUCUCUUCUCCUUUUUAUUCUUUCUCAUUUAUAUCUCACUGUAUUAUUACCAGCCUCACUUCCAAGUUUCUCAAGGGCACUCUCCUUCCAGCCUUAUUACUUAUUCCUGCAUGCCUGUGGCUCAGCCGCUCACUGUGCACGCUCUCAACCCUCUGCCUGACGGAAGCUGGAGCUCAGGACCCCACAGAGGAGCUCAGCUUUUUGCCAUAUCUGGUCCCUAAGAAGCAAUUUCCAUCCCAAUAUCAAAAUUAUAAUGAAGUUCCAGCUGUCUUCUUGUCCUCUUUGCACCAGAAAGACCUGUGCCAAGCAAUGAUAUCUCUUGAUGUUACUAGAAGAGGUAUUUCAACCCAUAUUCCACCAGUCUCUGCAGAACUGUGCCUGUUCUGUAAGAUUUCGUUGCCUUUCCUCUUUUUGCACUGCUUUUUUCCCCACCAGGAAUGUUUGAAUUUGCAAAGUCUGGCAUUUGUAGCCUUGCAGGGAGGAAUCUGUCCUUAGUUAAACUCUGUCUGAUACCCUUUUGCAGCAUUUGAAACUCAUCCCAUCCUUAGUGCCAGAAGAGCCUUCCCACCUCCAUCGCAUGCAGGAUUCCCAUCUAGAGAGACAGCAGGGAAGGGGACAGCCCCUUGAGCUCAUCCCAUGCCUCAGAAAUGCCACUGUGAGCAGGUCCAGUGAAGCAGCCAUAUCUGUGUGUUGGCUUUUUGACGUCAGGCUUCGAACACCAUCUGAAAGGCACGUGCCAUGCUUGGUGCCAGCAGUUCCUCUGUAAGAGACACUUUUGUGCCAUUCCCUCGGUGCCUCAUGCCUUUUGGUCCACCCAGCAGAGAGAAUACAUGUGUGGCCGGGGGUUGGGAUGCUCCCCUCCCAUUCUGCUGUUCAGAAGGGGAUCCCCCUCCCCUGUGCUCACCUACAGCACUUCUGCCUUUUUUCCAUCCUCUCACACCCUCCAAGCACCUGCCAGCCUCUUCCUCUUGCCACGGGCAGCACUCAAAAUAAUCCCCUGUGAAACCUCUUAAUUCUAAGGAGCUAUUUAGGGAGCUAUGCUCAAAUCCCUCCAAAAUCCUCUUUUUCCUGAGGGCUAUGAAAAAUAAAGUAAAUGCCAUUGCCCCCAACCUCUGAUGCAGCAGGGGGGGCUGAGGGGGCCAACAGGAAAGACAGGAUUGCUUCACUGCUUCGCUGCUUCACUUCAAGUGCUGCUUCCCUGGAGAUCCAGGAGAGGGGAGCUCUUCCUGCUGCCAUUCUCCCAGAUGUGUUCCAACAGCUGGCAGCCGGUUGUGAAACACUUGUGCAACAUCUGCAACAUGAUACCGAUGCUGUGUGGCACUGUAAGGCUUUGGCUAGCCAACUGCUGCGUAGCUUGUAGUCUCUCCACAACUCUAUUAAACGAUAUGUUGG